UGUCUGGAAACAACUUUCCUGAUCAUUAAUUUCUGCCUGACAUAAGAAUUCAUUGCAAAUUCAACAUCGGUGCUUCAGGCUAAUCACAUCAUUGCAUGGUUCCAUAGCCAAUGUGAAAGCCUAUAUCAAAAUGAUUGCCAUCGGUUACGUUUAAUUAUGGCGAGACGGAGUUCUAUCUCCUAUGUAGUACACUACUUUUGACUGCGUUGAACUAGAUAGGGAAUUGGGUGUCGUUUUAAGACGUAUUUCCUCAGGAUCAAGGGGCGCUGUGCUGCUGUUUAUUCUUGCUCUGGCUUUGCGGCCCUUUCUGUUGCCUGGAAAAGCCCUCUCACAAGGUUAUGAAAUGAGUGUCAUUUUGACUUAACCGUGGAGCUCGUUUUUUAAUCCCGGACUCGGUCACUAUUCGGAUGGGUUGAGCCAAGAUGUCGUGCUUUUUACUGCUGUCGCAGCUCCGGUAACCGUUCCUCAUGUUAACCCUUGGGGGAGGAGGGAUUCUUGAGUGCUGUCGCACAACUAUUACUUUCCGACUUCUGCUGUUCGAGUCUGGCAACAACAGAACUGGAACUGGAAGUGGUUGUGGGUUUUGGUUUUCACGGCGAGACUUGUAAAAUCUCAUUUUUAAAAAAGGCGAUCGUUGUAAAUGAUCUCUCUGCGUGUGUGUGUGUGUGUAUGAGAGAAUGAGGGAUACCAACGGGAGGAUUUCGUGGCACUACUCGGGAUGAUGGGAAUUCCACCGGUAUGGGCGCUUGGCGCUGGCCAGACUGGAUGAGGAAGUGAGGCUGAGGGAGAGGUCAGCAGAGAGACAACGGCUACCUGGGACUGCGGCAGGAAGAGGACCUUUGGGCAGAAGAGAGAGAGGUCAGCAGAGAGACAACGGCUACCUGGGACUGCGGCAGGAAGAGGACCUUUGGGCAGGUUCCUGCAGCGUGUGUCAGGGUGGAGUUACCUGACCCAUGGAGAAUUACUUCCAGACAGAGGCCUUCAACCUGGACAAGGUGCUGGAUGACUUUGAACAGAACCAAGAUGAUGAGACAGACAGUCCCACUCUGUCGGAUGCUAAGUGGAGUCAGAUCCUGGCCCCUCCGACCCACUUCCUGUCUCUGAACCCUGCUCUGGCUUUGACCCCUGACCCCAGGGACGGGGACAGUCCCCUCCCCUUCAAGACCCUCCCAACCCCCGACCCGUCCUCUAACGACUUCCAGGGGCCUGACUCCAAACGCCACCCCGCUGCCAAGCCUCCUUCCUGGGGAGAGGAGAGGCCAGGCCGCACUGCGCACGUCCACAGCCCUCCGCUCCCCCAACCCAACAUCGGCAAGCUGGUGGGGGGUGAGGAGGGCUUGUCUCCCCUUGUGCCGGCUUCCUCUAGCCCCCCUCCUUACCACCACCACCUGGCCCUGGAGAACGGCUUCACCUCUAUCAGCUCCUCUUGUCCUGCUCUCAACGGGCUCAGUGAGGAACCCUGCAAGGGGAACCAAACAACCCCUUCAAACCACCAGCUGCCUGCCCCCUCUGACCCACGUCCUGAUGUCCCUCUGGAGGGUAGGGAGGGGGAGAGGAGUGGUGGAAGCUCUCACAUUAGUCAUUCACACUUUACCUAUGAGGAGAGCCUGGGAGGGGACAGACAGGCGUCACCCAUACAGGAGAGGGACAGAGAGGAGGCUGACAUGGCUGGGGGACAGUCGCAGGACUCUGGGGGGAGAGGACAGAAUGGAGGAUGGAGAGAGGGAAGACCGAGAGAAGACUCUGGGGGGAAUGUACAGAAUGGAGGGGUGAUGGAAGAACUGAGAGGGGGGAGAAAAGAGUGUAGGAAGUCUUCUCAGAAGGAGAAGAGGUUGAACGGAGAGCUGGACAAGAGUGGGGUUCAGAAUGGAGAGGUGGCUCUCACCAACGGCCUGGCUACUGCAGGGGAAGAAGAAGAAGAGAGAGGGUCUCUCACACCUCCCCCCUCCAAGGAGGACUCUGUAACAGAGGAGAAGGAGAUGGAGGAGAGAGGGUCUCUCACACCUCCCCCCUCCAAGGAGGACUCUGUAACGGAGGAGAAGGAGAUGGAGGAGAACAAGCAAGAGCACGAAGGAGGAGGAGAAAGAGGUGGUAGCUUUUUACCCAGUUGUUUGCAGCCGGUGAGUUUGCCGUUCGGAGGGGCACGUCCUAAACAGCCGGUCAGUCUCAAACUCCAGAUCCCCCGGCCCCUAUACGAACAGGUCCAGAACCAGCUGGCACCUUCUGCUAACACCGCCAGCAGUGUUACUGGUGGAGGAAAGAACAAGAACCUUGAGAACCGUGGCGGUGCCGGAAUCAUGGAUACGGCAACUGUACUUGCCGUGGGCGACCCUGGUGGUGGUGGUGGUGGUGGUGGUGGUGGUGUGAAGGGGGAGGUGCUAACCGGGGAGUCUCCGUCAUCAUCGUCGGGCCUGGUGGAGGUGUCAGAGAGCAGCCCGGAUAAUGACUUCCAGGCAGGGCAGCAUCACCAGGGGGCUCUGCCCAGGAAACUGCUCUCCUCCCUGGGGGAUGUAGCCCCCGUGUGGGUCCCUGACUCCCAGGCUCCAGUCUGUAUGAAGUGCGAGGUCCGCUUCACCUUCACCAAGAGGAGGCAUCACUGCAGGGCCUGUGGAAAGGUGUUCUGUGCUGCCUGCUGCAGCCUGAGGAGCAGACUGAUUUACAUGGACAGGAAGGAGGCCAGAGUCUGUAUCACCUGUCACUCUGCCCUAAUGAGUGCUCAUUCGAGGGAGGGUAUGUGUGACAUGUCUAACCAGAGUCCUAACUCCAACAACCCAGCAGAGUACUGCAGUACCAUCCCACCUCUGCAGCAGAUCCAAUCCUCAGGGACGCUGACCUCCCCUCCCCCCACUGUCAUGGUCCCUGUGGGAGUUCCUAAAACACCCGGCUCAGAGGGGUCUCUCGCGCGGGAGCAGAGGAGGGUGUGUUUUGCAGACGGGAUCCUACCCAAUGGGGAAGCAGCGGAAUCCACCAAGUCCCCUGCUACCAGCCCCGCUCCCUCGCGUCCAUUGGCCGUCUCGCAGUGUUCCAACAAAUCCUCCACUGCUGAUUCGUCAGAGGCGUCCCCGGCCCCUGCAGCCCCAGUGGGAAGCCCUGUAGGCAGCUCCAUCAGUCUAAUUCCGGAGGACGGACUUCCUCCCAUCCUCAUCUCCACCGGAGUUAAAGGAGGUACGGGAGGCCACAGCACAGACUAUGCGGUGGAGGAGCGUCCCUCUGAGAUGGUUCUGAUACAGCAGCUGGAGGAGGGAGGUCCUGACCCCUUGGUGUUUGUGCUCAACGCUAACCUGCUGGCCAUGGUCAAACUGGUCAACUACGUAAACAGGAAGUGUUGGUAUGUGACCAGUAAGGGGAUGCAUGCAGUGGGCCAGGCUGAGGUGGUGGUGCUGCUGCAGUGUCUACCUGACGAGAAGAGCAUCCCCAAAGACCUCUUCAGCCACUUCGUACAGCUCUACCAGGAGGCCCUCACAGGUAAUGUCCUGACCCACCUGGGCCAUUCGUUCUUCACCCAGAGUUUCCUGGGCAGCAGGGAGCAUGGAGGGUUCCUCUACGUCUCCCCGUCCUUCCAGUCCCUCCAGGACCUGAUGCUCCCCAACCCCCCCUACCUGUUUGGGGUGUUGCUGCAGAAGUGGGAGACCCCCUGGGCCAAGGUGUUCCCCCUCCGACUCCUGUUCCGGCUGGGUGCAGAGUACAGAUUCUACCCCUGCCCUCUGUUCAGUGUGCGGUUUAGAAAACCCCUCUUCGGAGAGACCGGCCACACCAUCAUGAACCUGCUAGCAGACUUCCGUAACUACCAGUACACGUUGUCCAUGGUGAAGGGUCUGGUGGUGGACAUGGAGGUGAAGAAGACCUGCAUCAAGAUCCCCAGCAACCGAUACAACGAGCUAAUGAAGGCUAUGAACAAGUCCAAUGAGCACGUCUUGGCCAUGGGGGCGUGUUUCAACGAGCGGGCCGACUCCCACCUGGUGUGUGUACAGAACGAUGACGGAAACUACCAGACACAGGCCAUCAGCAUUCACCAUCAACCACGCAAAGUGACCGGCGCCUGCUUCUUCGUGUUCAGUGGUUCUCUCAAGGCAGGACACCUGGCCAAGACCAGCAUUGUUGAAGACGGUGUGAUGGUGCAGAUCACAGGAGAGACUAUGGACGCUCUACGGCAAGCCCUGAGGGACAUGAAGGACUUCAGUAUCACCUGUGGCCUGGUCGACCAGGAGGACAGACAGGAACAUGUUCACAUACAGUGGAUAGAAGAUGACAUCAACUUCAACAAGGGAGUGAUCAGUCCUAUCGAUGGGAAGUCUAUGGAGUCCAUCACUAGUGUGAAGAUCUUCCAAGGGUCGGAGUUCAAGGCCAACGGGAAGGUCAUCCGCUGGACAGAGGUGUUCUACCUCCAGAGUGAUGACCAGGCUCAGCCCAACGGUCUGAGUGACCCUGCUGAUCACAGCCGUUUGACGGAGAACGUAGCGAGGGCGUUCUGUGUGGCGUUGUGCCCUCACCUGCAACUGUUGAAGGAGGAUGGCAUGGCCAAGCUGAGCCUACGCGUCACCCUCGACUCAGAGCAGGUGGGUUACCUGGCGGGCAGUAAUGGCCAGCCUCUCCUCCCCCGUUACCUGAGCGACCUGGACAGUACCCUGAUCCCUGUCAUCCACAGCGGGGCAUGUCAAUUCAGUGAGGGCCCUGUCAUCAUGGAGCUGGUUUUCUACAUCCUGGAGAUUAUCUCAUAGGAGAUGGAUGCAAUGGACCCCCUCCCGUCUCCUGGUUCUCCCUUUCUCUCUGCCACCACCUCUUUUUUUCCCCCCUCCCAUUCUGCCUCACCUCCCAUCCCUUCAGAGGGGCUGAAAACUGAGCAGGGCAGCUAACUAAUGUUACUGUCCCUUCACCAGACGGACAGCUAGCUCUGCUGGUUAGCUACCAGCUAGCUAAUGUUGCUAUCCCUUCACCAGACAGACAGCUAGCUCUGCUGGUUAGCUACCAGCUAGCUAAUGUUGCUAUCCCUUCACCAGACGGACAGCUAGCUCUGCUGGUUAGCUACCAGCUAGCUAAUGUUGCUAUUCCUUCACCAGACGGACAGCUAGCUCUGCUGGUUACCUACCAGCUAGCUAAUGUUGCUAUUCCUUCACCAGACAGACAGCUAGCUCUGCUGGUUAGAUACCAGCUAGCUAAUGUUGCUAUCCCUUCAACAGACGGACAGCUAGCUCUGCUGGUUGGCUACCAGCUAGCUAAUGUUGCUAUCCCUUCACCAGACGGACAGCUAGCUCUGCUGGUUGGCUACCAGCUAGCUAAUGUUGCUAUCCCUUCACCAGACGCACAGCUAGCUCUGCUGGUUAGCUACCAGCUAGCUAGCGUCCCUCCACUCCACCUAUGCACCAUCUCUUCUCUGUCCUUGGACCAGAUCACAUGAUCCAGGAAGUCUGAGUAGCAUUCCAGUUCCACUGUGGUAGCUAGAGGACAAAGCAGAAGCACUGCACUCUGGGAAAUGUAUUCUCUGAAGGCCUUGUUGUAGCAUGGGGGUGCUCUGAGGACCUGAUGGAGAGGUGUCCAGAGCUCUGCCUGAUGAAACGGCCCUUCCCGCGGUCCGGUGAGCUAGGAAGGUUAAAGAAACUCAGAUAAGUGGAGAGAGAGGAAGCAUCCUCCUGUUGAUGCGGUUUCAUUUUGCACCCCGGUGCUCAGUGUCGGUGCCUUCACAGAGGAAGGAAGGGUUUAAGGAAGGGUUUAAGGAAGGAUGCAAGAAAAGGAAGGACUCUCCUCGGGUCUUAAGUCUGGCCUCUUUUAGCUUUAUCCAAUGAUCACCAGAUUCUUUAUUUCCUGACGCGGACCGACUACAGUUUGUUUGCUCUGGUUGUGUUGUUGGAAUGUUUUCUAGGCAUCACAAUUGUAGAUCCUCCUGUAGCAGAGAUGCAGCACAGCAUCCUACUCCCUAUUUAUAGGGCACAACUUGACCCCAUAGGCCUUCGGUGAAAAGUCGUGAGCUAUAUAAGGGAUAGGGGUCCAUAGAUUUGGGAUGCAGCCCAACCCAGGACUGCCCUCUGCUGUGUGAAUAAGGACCUAAACAGAUUUGUAAGAAUAAUGAAGUUCUGUUCUUGAGGAUGAGAAACUGUAAGGUAUUAUUUUUGAUCUGUCAAUAUUAAUUUUGUCGAUUUAAAUUUGGCAGAACACCACCCCCCCAAUAGACAUGCUGACAUUUUGUAUCUGAAGUUGUGUAAACAAAGAUCAAUGUAUUAUUAAGUACUUGAGACAUUGUGGUUUUGUUGGUAUAAAACAAUAUUCCUACGAUAUGAACGAGCAGUGCUACGAUAGAUAGACAAGUCUCAUCUGUAAACUCAGACAAUCACGCGUGAAUAUCUGCAGGAGAUGUAUUGGCAAACAUCAUUUUAAGGUAUACGUUUGUAUACCGUAUGUAUUAAAGAUAGUCAUUUGAUUGUGACGAUAAAAUAAAUGUGGUUGGCAGGACAGUAAUUGAGGACGUAGUAUAAUGAGGACAAUGAAUAAACAAACUGCUAUGGACAAAUUUACAUUAAAAUGGUUAUUGUUGGAGGGUUUCAUUCCUCCUGGGUCAUGUUCAUUCGGCGCCAAACGGAAGAAAACAGACUGUGACAGGAAGGGACUAACUGAACUACCUGUCCAAUGAGGAACACUUGUUUUCAUUUUCCACUGCAAAACGUUUUGUGCUAAUUUAAUACGGUGUUGGAGUUGUCCAAUAAGAAACACUUCUUUUUUUUUUUUCUUUUUUGGUGUCUUUUGCAAAAUUAUUUUCUGUAACAUGCCCUAAUGAACAGCACCCAGUUUUCUGGAAAGGGGGACGAUCAUUGUCAUUGUGUGUGUGUCAGUGGCUUCCUUAUCCUCACACUCACAGUGUGCAACUUCAAUAGGAAACAUUUGAAAGAUUCUUUUGGUCCCAAGAUUUUCCAUGGAUUGGAACCUUAGGAAACGGGGCGGGACCUACCUAAAAUGGUCCAAUAGAAACUCUCUUGUUAUGACCAAUCAUUUUCCGUUUGCUUACGGGGGGGGUGUACACUAGUGAACACACCCUUUGACUCUCCUCCCUCCCUUGGCAUUACUUCAGGUGUGGAUUACCCGAAGGUGUAAUUAUUUUGUUUUUCUUGAUGGUAGCAUUUUGUUAUUGAAUUAAACAAGACUUUCUACCAGAACUCUGUACUGCAUGUAUACAGAAACCAACUCAACAAGCUCGCAAUGUUGACGAGGGCAAACCAACUUCUCUGCAGACAAUAUUCUGCCAUUGUGUGGAUUGAGUCCAACACAAAAACAUCCAUUGAAUCAGCCUUGAACAGAAAAUCCUGUUUUCUUCUUAAUUUUAACAUUUUGGUAUCAUCAAUCCAACAAAAAAAUCCAUCUGUAUGAAAAGCCAAAAACCCUGUACAUCUUUACCGUUCACUACAAAUGUGUAAACCAGUCUAUCAAACUGUAGUAUAAUAAAAAUGUAUAUACAAGUUGAAA